AGGAAGCCACUGAACCUGAUUGUACUCAAACUUGUCCUACAACAAUCCCAUACUUAGUCUAGUCCUCCUCUGGGAGAAACUUCGAGUUCCUACAAACUUGAGAAUUGCUGAGUUGUGUGCAAGCUCGUUCCAUCUAGUCAAACUCAGGAGUUCUUGAGCAGCAAUCUGCGAGCUAGGACUCGGGUUUGGCUUAGAGUGGACUUGGUCUUAUAUCUAGGUUGACGUUCUCGCUUACAGUACUUGGCGAUGGGUACCGGGAAAUGUCUAGCGCUUCUUGUACUUUGCGUUUUGGGAGCACUGGUGCAAAGCUCCUCGGCCGCUCUUUACAAGGUUGGAGAUUCCGCAGGAUGGAGCAUCCCAUCUAGUGCAACAUUUUACGAUGAGUGGGCCAAAAAGCAAACGUUCCAGGUCGGCGAUAUCCUCGAAUUCGACUAUUCGAUGGGCAAUCACGACGUGCUGUCGGUGACUGCGGCGGACGCCAAAUCCUGCAACUCGGCGACUCCACUCUUCUCGUGGUCGGUGGCCAACGCCAGAGUCACAUUGCUCACUCCCGGAACUCAGAGCUUCAUCUGCGGCAUCUCCGGCCACUGCACGUUGGGCAUGGCCAUGACCGUGCAGGUUCUGCCGGCUGCUCCCGCCCCUGCGCCACCCGCUCCUCAAAUCCCCCCUCCCCCUCCCGCUCCCCGCACCACCCCCACGACCCCCUCGACCCCUUCCACUCCUCCUACCCCUACCACUCCUUCCACCCCCUCCACGCCCGCUCCCAGCAAGGCACCCGCGCCCCCCACGCGCCGGUCGCCCGUGCCACCCACGGCCCCGGCCCCAGUGGCAGUUCCCGUUGCGGCACCCGACGCUCCGGCCCCCGCUCCUCGCAAGGCCAGGAAGGGCAAGAAGCCUCUUGGCGCCCCGAGCCCCGCUCCCAUCGAGUUCUCGUUCCCCAGCUCCUCACUCGCAGUCGCUCCAGCUCCAGUUGCCGAGAAGGCCGCCGCCUCCGGUCUCAGAUCUGCCGCUUUCAUGGUCGCCGCUGCUCUGGCAGUUUCCUGCGCUUCCCUUCUAUUCUGAUGCGAUGGCGGCAGGAGAUAAAUGUGGAGCGAUGCUGGUUUGAUCCGUGAAUGGCAAUCGAGGCUGCAUAAUCGUCUGAAUCCGAUAAUCUACGAGCGCAGUGUUCUUCUGGCGUGAGUGAGCGAUCGAUCGAUCGAUCGAUCGAUUGAUUGUUAAAUUAUGCAACCUUAGCUCGAGACUCUAGACAGUCCACAAUUAAUUUCACGGUGGAGUUUUGACCACUUCAGCUGGUGCAGAGGCGGACCGACGACGAACGAAGGGAGCCCGGCCAGAUAACAGAACCUGUUAACUUCAAUUAUAGCAUAAUGCGUUCGAUCAUUCUUUUGGGUGUUUGGUGACGAGAUGGCUUUCGGAGACUCAUAAUCAUUCGGCGGGUGAGUACUUCCACCCGAUUAGGGACAAGGAGGGUCAUCUCCAGAACACGAAUUUUAGAAUAAGUUUUGCCACUUGAGAAACCAUCCGGUAGAAUAGAGUGGAACGGCAAAUUUAUGACCAUUAGCAUAUCAGGGUUCGAAGCUCAUCCGCGAGCAAUUGUAACCAUUUUCAUCACACUAAACACGAACCUCUUUUCUAUGAGAAUUAACCGC